AAGAAAAUCCAACUGAUUGCUAGUAUUUUGCGAAGUAUCAAUUCUAGAUUACAACAGUAUCUGCGAAUUAACUGGCUGUUGCGGAACGAAAUGAAAGUAUUGAUUGUGUUAUUUGCCAUUGCAGUGGCGAUUCAGGCAUCUCAAGCCUCGCCGCCGAACCGUGCCAAGCGCAGCGAUCAAUUUGUACAGCGUUUCGAAAAAAUGGGCAGUUUGGCCAAGAAUUUAAUACCCCGUACUGAGGUUGUCAUCCUAAAUACCAUUCAGAAAAUACCCAAAACUAAUUCGUACAAUAAAUAUCGUCAGGAUUUACAAUCCUAUGUGAAUUAUCUGAACCAAUACAAAACGAAACGUGGAAAAUGCUAUGAAAAGUCCUUCGAUCUCAUUGGCAAAUAUGCCGAAACUAUGGAACGCUAUGACAAACCAAAUGCCACCGAAGAGGCUCGUAGGGUGCGAAGCCUUUUAAAGGAAUGUGGAAGUGAAACUUUGACCCGUGAUUUGGAUGAAUGGAUCGAUGCCUAUGAAAAGUCAAAUUUUGAUGUUGAAUCACAAAAACUCACAUCGGAGGAUACUAGGAAAAUUAUGACCCUUUUGCAGGAAGUUUGUUAGUGUGGAGCGGUGAGAUUUGAUUGUGAUGUAGUUGAAAUAAAAUUGUGAUUGAGAAAGUAUUAGAAAUGUUUAGAAGUGAAAAUAAAAUUUUAUGAAGUUGUGGAGGAGUUAAAUCCGACCUCUGUAUGAAUUUGUAUCAAAAAUA